AUGCCUCGAGGAUUCUUGGUAAAGAGGACUCGGCGAGGUGCGGCGUCGUAUCGACCGCGCAAAAGCAACAAACUCACCCAGUUUGAUGAUAUCCAUACCCACCACCGGGAGGCUGAAGUGAGUGAACCUGAGCCGGUGAAGAAAAACCACGUGUGGGGCGUCCCGAGCCCCGACGUGGCGCCCCCGCCGGCGCCCCGCGAGGACUCCGCAGGUGUCAACGAAGUGUGGAAUCUUCACGUGGAGUCGGCAGUAGAGGCAGAAGCCGACCGCCGCGCGCAGUUGCCGGACCCCGAAGUGGACGUUGCCACCCCCGCGGGUGACUUCUCCUGCUUCCUCCCUCCUCCAUUAAGAGAAGCCCUUAGCGCCAAACUCGAGGAGCCGCGCGGCGAUGGAGAAAAGACACAGACAUUCACAGACAUGUGCUUAUCCUCAUCUCCGGAGACAGAUUUGCCGUUUUUGGUGAGUUCAACGCUGACGUCGAUGCGAGUAACAACCCCCAACACGCAUUUUUCUUCUUACGGUCCAAUUCCGAAAUACGAGUCCGACAUGGCGCGCUUGUUCCCGCCGCUUAUUAACCACGCAGGUGUGAGAAAACGCUCUCUCCCGGAGUCGAAUAGACCCAGCAAAGUCAAAGGAAAAGUGAAUAGGAAGCUUACUUUCGAGGACGAAGUGACCACCUCUCCGGUUUUAGGUCUUCGCAUCAAGAAGGAAGGGCCGGAAGCAGCGAGGCGACAACACCGCGACAAGUCGUCCGGAAGUCAACCGCUCGGGGAGUUCAUCUGCCAGCUUUGUAAGGAGGAGUACGCCGACCCUCUCUCCCUCGCUCAGCACAAGUGUUCACGUAUCGUACGCGUGGAGUACCGCUGCCCCGAAUGCGACAAAGUGUUCAGCUGUCCCGCCAACCUGGCCUCGCACCGCCGCUGGCACAAGCCGCGCCCGGUUGUCACCGACCCGACCGGAAGUCAGUCUCCCUCGGCGAAUAAACUCGAGGCGGACGGGAGGGAAAACGAGUCGAUGCGCGGAGUCAAUCAGCACCGAGCGGCGCGGGACAGCUCCGCGGCCCCAGAUUCCUCCUCGCCCCAUUACCCGCACGACACAACUCCGCCGGGUUUGUUCGUGUUCAACUCGUACGAGCCUCCAGAGUUUAGCCACGAGGAAGAAGAGGAAGCCGAGCUCUACGAUUGUCGCUACUGCGGGAAAAAGUUCCGUCGGCAAGCUUACCUGAAGAAGCACAUGGCGGCGCACGAGAUGGCGACUUCCAGCCGCCAGGUCGUGUUCGUGUGUCACCUGUGCGGCGCUCGCUUCCCGUCGGCCGACGUCCGGGACAAGCACCGCGUGUGGCACGCCAUGCGGGACGAGCUCCUAGGAAGAGACGGCUUCGUGGCGGAGGGAUACGGCAUGAAUAGGGAGCGCGAGCAGCAAAUCUUCACGUGCAAACUUUGUUCCGCUACCUUCUUCAGUUCACCGGGGCUCGCGAGGCACAUGAAUAAGUCUCAUCCCGGAGAGAACAUGCACGUCAUCAUGCACAUGGCCGUCACGAACUGA